AGAUGUCGUAUGGUCGGACCCUCUAUUAGAUGAUGCAAGAGGGAGUUGAAGCUUCAUGGGUGAUGGGAAGUCCCUAAUGGGUUUUUGGUUUUUUUGCGUGAGAUGGGGUCUCGCUCUAUUGCCCAGGCUGGAGUGCAAUGGUGCAAUUAUGGCUCACUGCAGCCUUGAUCUCCUGGGCUCAAGUUAUCCUCUUGCCUCAGCCUCCCGAAGUGCUGGGACUACAGGCAUGAGCCACCACAGCCAGCCCUGAUGGGUUUUAAACAGAGGAAUAACAUGGUCAGACUUGUACUUUGAGAAUCACUUUGGACCCACUGUGGAAAAUACGCUGGACUGGGGCCAAGAUAGAAGGAAGCGAGACCAGCAAAGGUGCUGCUGGAGAAAUUCACGGAGGAGGCAGUGAGGGCUCAGGGCUGGCUUGAAUCUGAUUGGGAAAAGGAAGACUGAAGUUCUGCCGCUGACGCUUCCAGACCAACAGAGGUUCCCUGUACCUGGGAGUUCUGGAUAUUCACAGGCAACUCACACAGGAGCCAGAGGUCUCAGUGUAAUACUAGCGCUAAAGGAAUAAUAAUCAACCUCAGAUUCAGAACAUAUGCCAAACUGCUCAAACUGAGGCUGAAGGAUCACUUGAGCCCAGGAGGUCGAGGCUCCAAUGGGCUGUGAUUGUGCCACUGCACUCUAGCCUGGACAACAGAGCGAGACCUUGUCUCAGAAAAAAAGAAAAAAAAAUAAGCCAUCUCAUUAUCAACCAUGUCUAUCUUUUUUUAAAAGAAGACAAAAAAAAAAACCGUAAUUUUAAUCCACUUCCGUAGGGAAGUGACUUCUUAGCACUGACUUUAGAAUAAUGACACAAAAUAUCUUGAAGUAGGACCUUGAAAAAUAGUCAUGAACAUGUAACAUGGAAGAAACAAGUUUCAGAAAAUAUAAAUACAGGGGGCCAGGCACGGUGGCUCAUGCCUGUAAUCCCAGCACUUUGGGAGGCCAAGGCAGGUGGAUCACCUGAGGUCAGGAGUUUGAGACCAGCCUGGCCAACAUGGUGAAACCUCAUCUCUACUAAAAAAAAAAAAAAAAAAAAAAAAUUAGCCAGGCGUGGUGGUGGGUGCCUGUAAUGCCAGCUACUUGGGAGGCUGAGGCAGGAGAAUCGCUUGAACCUGGGAGGCGGAGGUUGCAGUGAGCCAAGAUCGUGCUACUGCACUCCAGCCUGGGCAACAACGGCGAGACUCUGUCUCAAAAUAAAUAAAUAAAUACAGAAUACAUAUAUCACCAGCAAAUACUCCAAGAUACUCAAGGAAAUGGCUAGCGGAUGUCCUAAGUCACUUUGUUUUUAAAAAGAAAUAUCACAUGCAUUUUAAGUGAUAUUAAUAGACUGGAAACCCUUUGGAAAAAGGCAGCUGCAAUCUUCAAGAAAAGGAAAGUUAAUGAACUAAGAAAGGUGGCCCUGACUAUAACAAUCAGACACAUGAAAACAAGAGGAAAAUCUAUAAACAUGGGAAGGUAACAGAAUCCAACUGGGAAACAUAACGGAUCUAUAAAAGAAAAUCAAAGAGAGUCAACUAGAUUUUUUUUCCCGAAGAAAUUCCAAAUGAGUGUUAAAUGGAACCUUUUGAAAACAGAAAAGAAACUCAUUCUCCAUAAUUUAUUUCCUUAAUUUGAACUGAAUUUGGCCAUCAAGCAAGAUCUGAAAAACCUCAAAUAAAACUAUGUCUACACAGGCCAAGCCAAAUGGAGAAUUAAGGCAAUCAAUCAUUCAACUAAUCAAGGCAAAAAGCUAGGACACUAUGACUAAGAAACAGCGUGUCUCAAGGAAACGAUCCAAAUUCAAAUUAAUGGGAAUAGUUGCUACAUUUUCUUCAACACUUUGCCUAAAAUAUUCCAAAACAAUGAUGAAAGCUCAUCAGAACAUUUUCAGAAAGGUGCCUACAAGUAGGCAUUAGUGUUAAAUUUAUUCCAACAGCGAGGCUCGAGAAAACUGUAAAAAGUUUGAAAAAUGCAAAUUGCUUGUACAAAACGUACAUCUCCCACUGACUAUGAGAAAUUCAGACACGACAGAUAACAUGGCAGAUCAGAAACUUGAGCCAGGUUCCUCCCAGCCAACCACUCUCCCCAGCUAUUUUUCCCUAAAACCACAGAGGAAAAAGAUAAUUUCAAAGAUGAAACAUGUCACAACUAAUAUAGCUACUGUACACAAAUGCUGUCUUCUUUGUAAACUCACUUUACUACAAGAUACCAGGUUUUUGCAACACAGAAAGUUUACUGCAAUUGUCAUCAGAAAAUAUUAUAAAACAUCCAAGACUCAGCAAAACUAAUAAACGCAUGCCUCCUAUUUUGCCACCUCCAUUCCUUCUAUCUCCUCUUUAGAGGGAGGAAAUUUCAAAUUAAAGAACUAAACUACACAUUUAUUAGAUUAUGGUUUUCAGAUUUUUGGAUUUCAGAGAGCUGUACAAUUUUCCCAACUAUCAGGCAACUGGAUGAGAGUUGCUAAAUCUUAAUUUUUCAAGUAAGGUCAGUACAUCCAAACUACCAUACUGUCACCACCAUUUCAUGAGAGAAAAGAUAUCUCAUCAUUAGAAAACAGGAAAGACCCUCAUUUUAAGGUGAAAAAGGGAUAAGCCCUUCCAUUUAAUACAUUUGGAUUUCUAAAAACCCCACUGCAUUAUCUUUCUCAUUUUACUGCAUACCAGUGACAAAUUCACGGCAGGUAGGCCCAAGCUCCUCAUCUCCAAACUGUGAAAAUAUGGCUAACAGACUUUUUUUCAAACAAACAAUGGCAAAGUUUUGGUCUGAAAUAUAUGGCAUGACAAUGGAAUGGAAUAUUUGAAAUCAGAACUAUCUCAAAUCCAGAGAUUCAAUAUCCACAAACACCAGCAAAUUAGCAACUUCUCCUUCAAACCCACAUUUCUCUGUCCUUCCAUAAUUAGCAUCACCAUCAUCAUCACCACCAGUACUAUCAUCAUCACCACCAAUGUCAUCAUCAUCAUCACCAUUAUCACCACCAUACUCAUCAACAUUAUCACCAUCAUUACCAUCAUCAUCACCAUUGUCAUCAUCACCAUCAUCAUCACCACCACCAGUACUAUCAUCAUCAUCACCAAUGUCAUCAUCAUCACCAUUAUCACCAUCAUACUCAUCAUCACCAUUAUCACCAUCAUCAUCACCAUUGUCAUCAUCACCAUCGUCAUCACCACCACCAGUACUAUCAUCACCAAUGUCAUCAUCAUCACCAUUAUCAUCAUCAUACUCAUCAUCACCAUUAUCACCAUCAUCAUCACCAUUGUCAUCAUCACCAUCAUCAUCACCACCACCAGUACUAUCAUCAUCAUCACCAAUGUCAUCAUCAUCACCAUUAUCACCAUCAUACUCAUCAUCACCAUUAUCACCAUCAUCACCAUUGUCAUCGUCCCCAUCACCAUUGUCAUCAUCAUCAUCACCACUGUCAUCAUCAUCAUCACCAUUAUCACCAUCAUACUCAACAUCAUCACCAUUAUCACCAUCACCAUCAUCAUCACCACCACCAGUACUAUCAUCAUCAUUCCCAAUGUCAUCAUCAUCACCAUUAUCACCAUCACACUCAUCAUCACCAUUAUCACCAUCAUUAACACCACUGUCAUCGUCACCAUCAUCCCCAAUGUCAUCAUCAUCACCACUAUCACCAUCACACUCAUCACCAUUAUCACCAUCAUCAUCACCAUUGUCAUCGUCACCAUCAUCACCACCACCAGUACUAUCAUCAUCCCCAAUGUCAUCAUCAUCAUCACCAUUAUCACCAUCAUCAUCAUCACUGUCAUCAUCGCCAUCAUCACAAAAUAUACACCCCAGAGAAGAGAACAGGGCCUGACUUCUCUCUAACACACUGAUAAAGUUUGGAUAUUUGUCCCUGCCCAAAUGUUAUGAUGAAUUGUACUCCCCAGUGCUGGAGGUGGGGCCUGGUGGGAGGUGUCUGGGUCAUGGGAGCGGAUCCCUCACAGCUUGGUGCUGUCUUCCUGACAGUGAGUUCUUGCAAGUGUGUGGCACUCCCCUUCCCACCUCGCUCUCACUUGCUCCUGCUUUCACCAUGUAACGUGCCUGCUCCCCCUUUCCCCUCCACCAUGACUGUAAGCUUCUGAGGCUUCUGAGGUUUCUCUAGAAACCAAGCUGAUGACAGACCAUGCUUCCUGUACAGCCUGCAGAACCAUGAGCCAAUUAAGCCUCUUUUCUUGAUC